UCCACGGCCCGGGAGCAGACGUUGAAAGGGAGAGCAAAAUAAAACUAAAAAAGGAAAUCGAACAGGAGCAGGAAAAAAAAGAAAUCCUUUUGGAAUGCCUUGGAAAGGACCUCGUACUCUUUGGCAACACUGCCGACGGAGUUGGCAGAGAUGUGGAUGUGGCCGUAGUGGUGGGAGCCAGCGACCUCAGCUCGCAAUAGCCUGGAGUCGGUAUCAAAGGAUGCCAUAGACUAGGAUCUAAAGCUUGGAUUCUAAGCCAUAUCUCUCUCAAUGAACCUAAAGAAUAUCAUAGCAACAUCAUAUCAAUCCAUAUCGAUUAACCCCUAUGAUAAGCCAAUUGUUUGAAAUCUGAUUUUUGUUAUGUAUUUGAAUGGAAAACAACAUGUGAUUUUAACUAAAUAAAAUUAAUUAUUAAU